AUGGCCCGAGAGCUGAGCCAGGAGGCACUACUGGACUUUCUGUGCCAAGCUGGGGGCCGAGUGACCAACGCCGCCUUGCUGAGCCACUUCAAAAGCUUUCUGCGAGACCCCGACGCGCCCCCCAGCCAACACCAGCACCGCCGCGAGCUCUUCAAGGGCUUCGUGAACUCGGUCGCCGCAGUGCGCCAGGACCCCGACGGCACCAAGUACGUGGUGCUCAAGAGGAGGUACAGGGACCUUUUGGGGGAGGAGGGACUGCAGCGACCCCGCGAGCCGCCCACAGCCGCCGCCCCUGCAGCGGGAGCUGCGCCCCACUCCCCGCCAGGCGCACGCCGUGGGGAGCCGCGGCCACCGCAGUCCCGGCGGCGGCGGCGAGAGAAGGAGGCGGAGGAGGAGCCGGCAGGUGCCGCAGCACCAGCCGCGGACGCAGGGUGCAAUGGACUCCCGGGCAGCGGCGCCCGGGAAGAUCGCGGGCGGAGGGGCAGCCCAGGCCAGAGGGUGUCGGUGCCCGCGGCUCCCGAGGCAGCUGCCCAGGUCGGAGUUAGGUGCGCGGCGGCGGAGACGCACGGCCGCUGCUGCUGGGAAUGUCAACAGAACCGCCUGGGGGACUUCUCCGGAGACCCGCUGGCCCGAGCGUUCCCGGACCCUGCCACCGCCGUGGAGGAGCCGGCGCGGGCUCCUCCUGCCCAGGAGUACCGCGGGGUUUCGGGGCAGCGGCGGGAAGGCGCGCCCACUGAGCGCGCACCGGUGCCUGCAACGCCCCGCUCGCCUCCCGCCACCGUCGAGGCUGUCGGGAGCCUGGUGUCCCCGCCAGCUCUGCUGCCCCGCCCCGUUCCCUCCGGAGACCGGCCCCAGCUGUUUACCCCAGGCUCUCUGCACCAUUCCACCCUUCGGCUGCAGGAGCAGCGCACUCGAGAGUGGGUGGCCAGACAUCCGCAGAUGUCCGAGGCCCGGGACCAGGGCCCCAUUAGGGCCUGGUCAGUGCUGCCAGACAACUUCCUCCAUCUAUCCUCGGAACCCGGCUUCUUGGUUUUGGGGACUAACUCAGCGCUGUCAGAGUCCCCUCUUUCCUCUCAUUCUCUCCUCCCUGUGAUUCCCGAUGAGUCCUCCGAAUCCUGGCAGGGGAACCCUCCUCCAACCGUCUUUCGUAGCAUUCGUUGUCAGCUGUCCCUCCAGGAUAUGGAUGACUUUGUGGACCAGGAGAGCCAUGGCAGUGAGGAGAGCAGCAGUGGGCCCAAAGAGUCCCCUGGGGGCUCUGAAGAGGGGCUGCACGAAGUCCUGGGAACCCCAGGUGGGAGAAAGCUCAGGAAUCCAGCUGGGAGCCUAUCUGUAUCUCCAAAGGAAGUCAGCACCAGCCAGAGCCUUCAGGGUCUCAGGAACAGAGGGGAUGGUCACACCUCACAGCGGGUCCCUACGGAUGCUAAAGGCCCUGCAGGCCACCCCCAGGAGCCUUUGCCUUGGCCAGUACCCAGGUUACGGAGGUCCCUCAGGAGGAGUUUUAGGGCAGGGAGAGCCAAACUGUCCUCCUCAGAUGAGGAGUACUUUGAUGAGAACUUACUGAAAAGGAGCCGGCGCCCACUUCGGGUCAGGAAACCCUCCAAGGCAGGAGCAAUGCCCAGCCCAUGGGUGGAUGCCGCUUUGACACAAAAACUGACAGGCGUUAAGGCUGUUGUGGCUGAGCAACAUCAGUCACACAGCAUGUCGGUCCCCAGCCGGAAUGGACCAGCAACCUCCUUACCCCACAGAUCUCCUGAGCACAAGUCAUCCCUGGUCCCCCUAGAGGCCAGGGAGCAUGAAUGGAUUGUGAAACUUGCCAGUGGCUCCUGGGUUCGGGUAUUGACUUUGUUCUGGGAGGACCCCCAACUGGUUUUGCACAGAGACUUCUUGACAGGGUACACAGCCUUGCACUGGAUAGCCAAACAUGGCAACCUCCAGGCCCUGCAGGACUUGGUCUCUGGAGCACAGAAGGCAGGGAUUGUGCUUGAUGUAAACGUGAGGUCUGGUUGUGGGUAUACCCCUCUACACCUGGCAGCCAUUCAUGGCCACCAGGCAAUCAUGAAAUUGCUAGUGCAAAGACUGGCUUCUCGGGUGAAUGUUCGAGACAGCAGUGGGAAGAAGCCAUGGCAGUAUCUAACCAGUAAUACCUCAGGGGAAAUAUGGCAGCUCCUGAGAGCUCCUCGGGGCACGCCCAUCUUCUCUGUAUAUCCCUUGGUCCAAAGCUCAUCCCCCACAAGGAAGGCCAGGAGCCGGGAAAUGCCUAGAAAUGUCAUCCGAAAGACUUCCUUGGCUGCACUAUUCAAAAAUCAGCACAACAAAUGGAAAAUGGCCAACCAGUAUGAGAAACUCCAUGUCCCAAGGGAAAGAGAAGAGUACAGUGACUGA